GAAGAGCGAAAGUGCCGUUUUGAGCACCAUUUCACUGGGGAAGCUGGAACAAUUUGAUGCAUUUUAUGUAGGCUCGUAGAAAUGAAAAGGAUGGUACACUUGAAAUAGUUCAUUUCCAUAGCGCCUGUUUGCAUCAGUGGAACUUUUUAUUCCAUUUUUCUCUGGGGGUUUAAACAAAGUUUAUCCAGAACCGCACCGUUUGUAUAAAAACAUUGGCGAUUUAAUUUUUUUCCUGGCGGGUUUGAAGACUUUUUCUCCUGUUGGAGAGAAGGCACAUUCUGCCCCAAGACUGCGAGUGGAGAGUUUCGGGGCGAGAGUGGGACUUCUGAAUUAAACGCCGUUAUUCUCUUUGAAUAAAAGUGGAGCAUAUAACUUUUUAAAAUAAAUCCGGGCAGUUAUGUGGCAGAGGCGACUGCUGAAGUUUGCUUUGGGACUUGCAGCGGUCUUAUCAGUGGCUGUCAAUGAAGGUACUGCGGGGAAUAGCGAGGCUGACAAAGACAUUGAACCGAGAGCCAGCCGAGCCAAGAGAAGAGGAGGAGGUCAAGAUGUCUUGAAGGGGCCCAAUGUUUGUGGAUCACGUUACAAUGCGUACUGCUGCCCAGGCUGGAAGACUCUCUCGGGAGGGAACCAGUGCAUCGUCCCCAUUUGCCGGAGCUCCUGUGGAGAUGGAUUUUGCUCUAGACCCAACAUGUGCUCCUGCCCCAGUGGUCAGAUCGCACCUUCCUGCGGUUCAAAAUCUGUUCAACACUGCAACAUCCGCUGUAUGAAUGGGGGAACCUGUGCAGAAGACCACUGCCAGUGCCAGAAGGGAUACAACGGGGCGCAUUGCGGGCAACCUGUCUGUGAAAAUGGCUGCCUGAACGGAGGGAGAUGUGUGGCCCCUAACCGCUGCGCCUGCACCUACGGCUUCACCGGAGCGCAGUGUGAACGAGAUUACAGGACGGGCCCCUGCUUUGCCUCGGUGAGUAACCAGAUGUGCCAGGGCCAGCUGACGGGCAUUGUGUGCACCAAGACGCUGUGCUGUGCCACCGUGGGCCGGGCCUGGGGGCACCCCUGCGAGAUGUGCCCCGCCCAGCCCCACCCCUGUCGCCGCGGCUUCAUCCCCAACCACCGGACCGGAGCCUGUCAAGAUGUGGAUGAAUGCCAAGCCAUUCCAGGGCUCUGUCAAGGAGGAAAUUGCAUUAACACCGUUGGAUCAUUUGAGUGCAAGUGCCCUGCCGGACACAAGUUUAAUGAAAUUACACAGAAAUGUGAAGACCUUGACGAAUGUGCCAACAUUCCUGGUCUGUGCAGUGGGGGGGAAUGUUCGAAUACGGUCGGGAGCUACUUCUGCAAGUGUCCUCAGGGAUUCUACACCCCUCUCGAUGGGUCCAGAUGUAUUGACGGCCGGAAUGGAUACUGCUUCUCCAGUCUGCUGAACGGCCGCUGUGCCAACCAGAACGCCCAGCUCAUGACCAAAAUGCAGUGCUGCUGCGACAGCGGGAGGUGCUGGUCCGACGGAUCCGCCCACGAGAUGUGCCCCAUCCGCGGGACCGAUGAGUACCAGAAGCUGUGUGCCAUCAUCCAGCCUGGCAUUGUCCCUGGGGGGCCCAUUGGUCCUGGGGGGCCCAUUGGUCCUGGAGGCCCCAUUGGUCCUGGAGGCCCUAUAGUGCCUGGGGGUCCUAUUGUCCCAGGAGGGCCUAUCUACCCUGGUCAGCCUGUUGGACCCGGAGGUCCAAUUUACCCUGGAGGACCUAUCCCAGGGGGCCCUCACUUCCAAAGACCAACAUACCCUCCAUACGUUCAGCCUCCUCCUCUUAUUCAAACCCAGAACAUCACCAACAUGUGCUUGGCCUUCCGAAACCUUUGUCCAAAUGGCCGCUGUAUUCCUACUCCUGGGAGUUACCGGUGCGAGUGUAACAUGGGCUUCAAACUGCAUGCUCGUGGGGAGUGUGUGGAUGACGACGAGUGCAACCGGAACCCGUGUGCGCAUGGCGAGUGUGUCAACACGGCUGGGUCCUACUACUGUCAGUGUCCCGCCGGCUUUCAGACCACGUCGACCAGGACAGAGUGUCGAGAUCUAGACGAGUGUGUGGCCAAUGGACGCAUCUGUAACCAUGGCCGCUGUGUCAACACUCCUGGGAGCUUCCACUGCGUCUGCAACGCCGGCUUUGAAAUCACUGCCGAUGGGAAGAACUGCCAAGAUCAGGAUGAGUGCCUGGUCAGAAACAUGUGCCUCAAUGGGAUGUGCAUCAACGAGGAUGGCAGCUUCAAAUGCAUCUGCAAACCCGGCUUCUACCUGGACACGACCGGACGCCUCUGCCUGGACAUCGAUGAGUGCGAUACGCCGGGCAUGUGUAUGAAUGGACACUGCGUGAACACCGAGGGCUCCUUCAGAUGUGAGUGCAUGCCCGGCCUAGCCGUGGGUCUGGACGGACGUGUUUGUGUCGACACACACAUGCGCAGCACGUGUUACGGAGGCUACAAGAGAGGACAGUGUGUGAGGCCCUUGUUUGGAGCGGUCACCAAGUCGCAGUGCUGCUGUGCCGUCGUUGAAUAUGCGUUUGGAGAACCGUGUCAACCCUGUCCGCCACGGGGCUCAGCUGAAUUCCAGGCACUGUGCAGCCACGGGGAAGGAACUACAUCCGAAGGCAGAGAUAUAAAUGAAUGUGCUUUGAAUCCGGACAUUUGUGACAACGGUGUUUGUGAGAACAUGCUAAGGACCUAUAAAUGUAACUGCAACAAUGGAUAUGAGGUAGACCUGUCUGGGAAACGUUGCUUUGAUAUUGACGAAUGCGCCAUCAACAGACUCUGUGAUAACGGACAGUGCAGAAACACCCCAGGCAGCUUCACCUGCCACUGCUCAAAGGGCUUCGUCUUUCAGCCCGACACUGAUGUGUGCGAAGAUAUCGAUGAGUGUGAGUCGAGUCCCUGUGUUAAUGGGGAGUGCAAGAACAGCCCGGGGUCCUUUGUGUGCUUGUGCCCUACAGGCAGCACUCUGGACAGCUCUGGGACUCAGUGUGUGGAAACCACCAAGGGCACGUGCUGGCUGAAGUUUAUCAAUAACCGAUGCGAGGUCAACAUCAACGGGGCCACGCUCAAGUCCCACUGCUGUGCCACGAUGGGCGAGGCCUGGGGCAGCCCGUGUGCCAAGUGUGAGAGAGAUACAAUCUGCUCUAAAGGAUUUGCAAGACUGAGAGGAACACUAUGUGAAGAUGUGAAUGAGUGUGAAGUGUUUCCUGGAGUUUGCAUCAACGGAAAGUGUGUAAAUACACAGGGAUCUUUUAUUUGUCAGUGUCCCAGUGGAAUGACUGUGGACGCCAGUGGUAGAACAUGCAUUGACCUGCGCACAGAGCAGUGUUAUCUGAGUCACGAGGACGAGCGAUGUGGAGCCCCCAUCCCAGGGAGGCACAGAGUGGAUGCCUGCUGCUGCUCUGUGGGGGCAGCCUGGGGCCCGGAGUGUGACGAGUGCCCAGAGAAGGACACGCUCAUCUACAAACAGCUGUGCCCCCGAGGUCCCGGCUUCUCCAACCGGGGGGACUUCAUCAACGGAAAGCCCUUCCUUAAAGAUAUAAACGAGUGCAAGAUGAUCCACAGCCUCUGCUCAAAUGGAAGAUGCCGGAAUACCAUCGGUAGCUUCAGGUGCAAGUGUGACGGCGGUUUCGCCCUGGACUCGCAUGAAAGGAACUGCACCGACAUCGACGAGUGCCGCAUCUCUCCUGACCUCUGCGGCCACGGGACCUGCGUCAACACGGUGGGAGACUUUGAGUGCGAGUGCUUCCAGGGCUACGAGAGCGGAUUCAUGAUGAUGAAGAACUGCAUGGACAUUGAUGAGUGUGAGAGGAACCCGCUGCUGUGUCGAGGUGGUGAGUGUGUCAACACUGAAGGAAGCUUCCAGUGCGUCUGCCCUGAAGGACACCAGAUUGCCCCAGACGGAUCGGCCUGUCUAGACAUUAAUGAGUGUGAACUAAGUGACAAACUGUGUAAGAACGGAAAAUGCGUGAACAUGAUUGGGCGUUAUCAGUGCUCCUGUGACACUGGAUACAAGUCGACCGAAGACAGACUUUCCUGCAUUGAUAUUGACGAGUGCACUAUUCAGAAUGGGGGCUGUGAAACCUUCUGCACCAACUCUGAGGGCAGCUACGAGUGCAGCUGUCGCAGUGGGUACGCCCUAAUGCCGGACCAACGCAGCUGCACAGAUAUCGAUGAGUGCGAGGACAAUCCGGAUAUCUGUGAUGGGGGUCAGUGCACAAACAUCCCUGGAGAAUAUCAGUGCCUGUGCUUUGACGGAUUCAUGUCUUCUGAGGAUAUGAAGACCUGUCUGGAUGUUGAUGAAUGUGAGCUCAAUCCAAAUAUCUGCCUGAGCGGGAAUUGUGAAAACACCAAGGGCUCAUUCAUCUGUCACUGUGACCUGGGCUACUCUGUCAGGAAGGGAACUACUGGCUGUACAGAUAUUAACGAGUGUGAGAUUGGGGCUCAUAACUGCGACCGCCAUGCUGCCUGCACCAACACUGCCGGCAGCUUCAAGUGUAAAUGCAGCCCGGGCUGGAUCGGGAACGGGAUACAGUGCACAGACCUGGACGAAUGCUCCAAUGGCACUCACAUGUGCAGUAACAAUGCCGACUGUAAGAACACCUUGGGCUCCUACAACUGCCAGUGCAAGGAGGGCUUCAGUGGGGACGGAUUCUUCUGCUCAGACAGCGAUGAGUGUGCAGACAACGUGAACCUGUGUGAGAGCGGACACUGUUUGAACCUCCCUGGGGGAUACCGCUGUGAGUGCGACAUGGGCUUCAUCACCACCCCAGACGGCAAGGCCUGUGAAGACAUAGAUGAAUGCACCUUUGCGGAUAUUUGUGUCAAUGGAAGGUGCCAGAACAUUCCCGGCCUCUUCAGAUGUGAAUGCCACAUUGGGUAUGAGCUCGACAGAAGUGGAGGCAACUGCACAGAUGUCAACGAGUGCGCCGAUCCAACGACUUGCAUCAGUGGAAAUUGUGUUAACACUCCAGGCAGCUACAUCUGCAACUGUCCUCCGGACUUCGAAAUCAACCCGACUCGCGUUGGCUGUGUGGACACUCGCUCCGGCAACUGCUACUUGGACGUGAAGCGGCGGGGUGAUGCAUCCGUGGACCUGGACUGUUCCAAUGAGAUUGGCGUGGGGGUGUCCAAGGCCUCGUGCUGCUGCUCUCUGGGGCAAGCCUGGGGGACCCCCUGUGAGGACUGCCCCCAGCUCAACUCCUCUGAGUACAAAAUCUUAUGUCCGGGAGGAGAGGGGUUCCGACCCAACCCGAUCACAGUGAUCCUGGAAGAUAUCAAUGAAUGUCAGGAACUGCCUGGACUUUGCCAAGGGGGAAACUGCAUUAAUACGUUUGGGAGCUUUCAGUGUGAAUGCCCAAGAGGUUUUUCCCUGAAUGAAGACACCAGAGUCUGUGAAGAUGAUAACGAAUGUGAGAAUCCUGGGAUUUGUGGUCCGGGCCAGUGCUACAACACCAUAGGCAACUACACCUGCGUCUGUCCUCCUGACUACAUGCAGGUUAAUGGUGGAAACAACUGCAUGGAUAUGCGGAGGAGCCUGUGCUAUAGGAACUAUUACUCUGACAAUGGGACGUGUGAUGGUGAGCUCACCUUCAAUGUGACAAAGAAGAUGUGCUGCUGCUCCUACAACAUCGGUCGUGCCUGGAACAAGCCCUGUGAACAGUGCCCUGUCCCUAGCACCAAUGAGUUUGCCGUCUUGUGUGGCAGUCAGAGACCAGGAUACUACAUUGACAUUUAUACUGGACAGGUAGUAGACAUUGACGAGUGCCGGGAGAUCCCGGGUGUUUGUGAGAACGGCGUUUGCAUCAACAUGAUCGGCAGCUUCAGGUGCGAGUGUCCCAUGGGCUUCAUCUACAAUGACAAGCUACUCCUCUGUGAAGACAUCGAUGAGUGCCAGAAUGGGCCCGUCUGCCAGCAGAACGCUGUCUGUCUUAACCUCCCUGGAAGCUACCGCUGUGAAUGCAAGCCCGGCUACCGCUUCACCCCCACGGGCCAGUGUCUUGAUCGAAAUGAAUGCCUCGAGAACCCUGGAAUUUGCAGCCCAGGACAAUGCAUUGACACUGUGGGAAGCUAUCGCUGCAUCUGCCCCAAUGGGUUUAAAGCAACUCCAGAUUUAUCCAUGUGUAUUGACGUGGACGAGUGCGAGAGGCAGCCGUGUGGGAACGGGACGUGCAAAAACACAGUCGGGUCAUACAACUGCCUGUGUUACCCUGGCUUCCAUCUCUCCCACAACAACGACUGCAUAGAUUUGGACGAGUGCUCCUCGCAGAGGGGCCUGUGUCGAAAUGGCGACUGUGUGAACACCGUGGGCUCGUUCGUGUGCCUGUGCCGCGACGGCUUUGAGCUCACCCCUGACGGGAGGAUCUGUGUGGAUAUCAAUGAAUGUCAAGUAAAUCCUGGAACUUGUGGCCCUGGAACUUGUCAGAACCUGGAUGGAUCCUACAGAUGCAUCUGUCCUCCUGGAUACUUUUUGAUUAAUGAUAAGUGUGAAGACAUUGACGAAUGUACGCAGAGCCCAGACAUCUGUGUUUUCGGCACUUGCACCAACACGGAUGGUAGUUUUAAGUGCAGCUGUCCUGACGGGUUUCAGCUCUCCUCAUCUGGGAGGAGGUGCACAGAUAUACGUGUGAACUACUGCUACACCAGAUUUGAGAGUGGUGUUUGUUUGGCCCCCAAACCCAUGAACACCACCAAGGGGGAUUGCUGCUGCAGCGCCAUGCCAGGACAGGGUUGGGGUGACCCGUGUGAAAUCUGCCCCACCCAGAACGAGGAGGUGUUUGCCUUGCUAUGCCAUCAAAUUGGGCAAAAGAUUGGUCCAAAUGACAACCCUGUUGAUAUUGACGAGUGCUCGACAAACCCCAACAUCUGUAACAAUGGAGUGUGCAUCAACACUGACAGAUCCUUCCGCUGCGAGUGUCCUUUUGGUUUCCGCCUGGACUUCACUGGGGUCAACUGUGAGGAUUCCAAUGAGUGUGAGGUGGGAAACCCCUGUGGCAAUGGUACAUGCACCAAUGUGAUUGGAGCUUUUGAGUGCGCCUGUGAUGAUGGCUUUGAACCUGGGCCUAUGAUGACAUGUGAAGAUGUGAACGAAUGUGCACAGAACCCCCUGCUCUGUGCUUUCCGCUGCGUCAACACCGUGGGCUCGUAUGAGUGCAAAUGCCCUGCGGGCUACGUGCUCAGAGAUGACAAGAGAAUGUGCAGAGACCAGAACGAGUGCGAAGACGGCAUCGAUGACUGUGAGACCCGCGGGAUGACCUGCAAGAAUCUCAUCGGCACGUACAUGUGCAUCUGCUCCCCGGGGUAUAUCCGACAGCCCAACGGGGAGCGCUGCAUGGAUCUAAAUGAGUGCUCUGCCAAGCGAGGAGUCUGCCAAAAUGGCCGUUGUGAAAACACAGUUGGCAGCUACCGGUGCAAGUGUGACCAUGGCUUCAGUCCCAGUCCCACGCAGACAGAGUGCAUUGAUAACAGGCAGGGUUUCUGCUUUACGGAAGUGCUGCAGACCCUAUGCCAGAUGACCUCCAGCAACCGGAACAGUGUCACCAAGUCCGAGUGCUGUUGUGACGGGGGACGGGGCUGGGGCCCUAACUGUGAGCUGUGUCCUCUGCCUGGAACCACUCAGUAUAAGAAGAUGUGUCCCCUAGGCCCUGGAUACACUACUGAUGGAAAGGACAUUGAUGAGUGCCGCGUCAUGGGGAACCUGUGCCGUAACGGCCAGUGUGUGAACACCCUGGGCUCCUACAACUGCAUAUGCAAACCUGGCUAUGCAACAGACAUCAGCGGGACCACGUGCAUAGAUGUGGACGAGUGCAUCCAGGCACCUAAGCCGUGCAACUUCAUCUGCAAAAACACUGAGGGGGGGUACCUGUGCUCCUGCCCCAGAGGGUACCUUCUGCAGGAGGAUGGCAAGAGCUGUAGAGAUCUGGAUGAAUGCUCGACCAAACAGCACAACUGCCAGUUCCUAUGUGUCAACACCAUCGGAGGCUUCACCUGCAAAUGCCCCCCUGGGUUCACCCAGCACCACACUGCCUGCAUCGACAAUAACGAGUGUGCCACCGACGCCAGCCUGUGCGGCUCCAACGGCGUGUGUCAGAACAGCCCCGGGAGCUUCAGCUGCGAGUGCCAGCGCGGCUUCUCCCAGGGCCAGGCCGGGCAGAACUGUGAAGACAUGGACGAGUGCGAGGGAAACCAUCGCUGUCAGCACGGAUGUCAGAACCUGGUGGGCGGGUACCGCUGCAGCUGUCCACAGGGCUACCUCCAGCACUAUCAGUGGAACCAGUGUGUGGAUGAAAAUGAAUGCCAGAACAGCCAAGUCUGUGGGGACGCCUCUUGCCACAACACUCUGGGAAGCUUCCGGUGCCUGUGUCCCACGGGCUUCAACUACGAACAGUUUGGGGGAGGAUGCCAGGACGUGAACGAGUGCUCGUCCUCCCAGAACCCCUGCAACUAUGGCUGCUCCAACACAGAUGGGGGCUACCUGUGUGGUUGCCCGCCUGGAUACUACAGAGCAGGGCAAGGGCACUGCGUCUCAGGCGUGGGCUUUGGGACUGGAGCUCUGGGGCCGGGCCAGGGUGGCGAGACAGACGAUAACUCUCUCUCCCCUGAGGCUUGCUACGAGUGUAAAAUUAACGGCUAUCCGAAAAAAGGCAGGAAACGCAGAAGCACAAACGGGACCGAUGACACCGCUCUGGGAGAAUCACAGGAUGAACAAGAGGCCGUCAGCUUGGCAAGUGUGGACAUCGAAGACACCAUCUUGUUUAACUUCAAUGUCAGUGACGUGAACAGCAAAGACCACCUCCUGGAGUUCACUCCCGCCCUCUCCACGCUGACCGACCACGUCCGCUACAUGAUCGACUUCGGGAAUGACGAGGGCCUGUUCAGGAUCAACCAGAAGCAUGGAAUAAGCUACCUUCACUUAACCAAAAAGAAAGUGCUUCCUGGAGCGUAUUAUUUACAAAUCAGCAGUAUGCCACUUUACAGGAAGAAAGAACUGGCCCAUCUGGAGGAAAAGCAUGACAAAGACUACCUCACAGGACAGCUGGGGGACGCCUUGAAAAUGAAGGUGCAGAUAGUUCUCCAUUAGCAAAUUCACAGGACCACAACAAGCAAAAGCGCUCGCUGCCAAAGAAAUAGGGGGGACUGCAUUGAUUCCAAAAAGACGAUUCUACAUAUCAUGGAUAUGAUUUCUUAUCACAUGUAAAGUGUGAAGCAAUAAAAUUAAUAAGUGCAGCUGCAUGUUCAGAAAGUAAAAGGGGGGGGGGGGUGAGUGGAGGAAAAAAGCAUUAGAUACAAAAUCCCAUAAAAUCAAAAUUGCUUUCUCAGGCUUUGUAUAAAAAGCUCUUUUGAAUAAGGCUUUGUAUGAUGGUAUGUUGAAUCUUUCCACUUUCAGUGACACAUGUAAAUUGGGAGACGUCACUGAUGUUGAGAAAUUUUCACCGCUUAGCAGAAGUUGAAGAUUUUUUUUAAAAUUUUGUUUGGGCUUGAAGGAUGUUUGUCUUCAUUAACUUCUCCAUCUUUCCAGCUGAAUAGACCAACAUUUUAUAUUACCUGGUGCUAGUAACAUGACAUCUUAAGAUUUAUGAAUGCACUGUAAUAUUUUACAAAGACGGUAGCCAACAACAACACUUUUCUACUGGUUGAAGAUUUCAAGUUACUUUGCAACCAACCAAAGUUACAGUAACUCAAUAGCUUUUUCUGUUCUGUUAUGCCUGAACUACAUGUAAAUUAAGUGUGUUUAUACUGUAAUCAUGCCACUUUUUUAAUCAUGGAAGCAUUUGUAAACUAGAUAAAGACCCAUAUGGAGGGGUUUUGUAAUGGUGCUUAUAAUGACCAACUACUUCUUUUUAACUGUAUACACCAUUCUGAUGAUGCAAUAUCUGUGACUUAAUAAUUAUGCACUGAGGCCCUCCUGGCCACAUACAUUUUCGCAAGUACAAUCAGUGCCGUCAUCAUGUCAAGAUGACGUGAAUGAGACCAUCUUCAGUGUCUGUUCACACCAAUGAGGGUUUAGUUUCAGUAAAUUCACAAUAAACAAAACAUAUUUUUGGUUUAAA